AUGGUCGGAGUCCCCCAUAGCACAGGCUGCGCUCUGUGCCGUGAAAGGCGCAUCAAGUGCGACGAGGCUGUCCCCCAAUGCUCGCAAUGCCGGAAAUACGGCCGCCCAUGUCCAGGCUAUCGCCGCACCUUUCGCUUCCAGGAUGAGGGUCCGGCACUUCAACGACGGCAUCAGUCCCGUUCCCAGUCUCGCAGACCUUCAGAGACAACCGCAGACGCAGACGCUGCUGCUGCUGCUGCCGCCACCGCCGUGCGCAACAACGCCCUCGCGAUGAUGCGCCAGACCCGCUCAGAGGACUCCUCCUGCUGCUCCUCCUCACAAGCCCAAGCCCAGCUCCAACACCAAAUGCAGCUGCAAAUGCAACAACCACACCUCUUCGCCUCCUUUCUGCACUCCGCCUUCCCAACUCUCUAUACCUCCAACAUCUUCCGCGCCCACAACCGCCCCGACUUCCUCGCGCACGUCGCCUCCUCCUACGCUUCCGGCGAAGCCCCCUACCUCGCCGCCACCCUCGCCUGUCUAACAUCAAUCUACACCGCUCGGUUCUCGCCAGACCCAGCCCAGCACACCCGUCACAGCCGCCAGCUGUACUCGCAGGCCCUCACCCACGUUGUCGCGGCACUGCACUCCCCCGCUGCACUGUCCGCCCCGCUUUUAGCCACCAUCAUGAUGCUCGCCGUAUACGAGAUGUACGCACGGACAUCGCCAGAUGCAUUUGUCGUGCACGUUGAUGGUGUACGGAGGAUUAUGCUAGCGAGGGGGCCUCCCGGAGGCGAAGCCGAAGCCGAAGCCGGAGCCGACGACGGAUACGGCAGCCCCGACGAACACACUACCACCGGCGGCAGCCCCGACGAACAACCGCCUACCGCCGGCAGCGAAGGUGAAGGCCCCGGCUUCGCGCGCGGCUGCUACAUCGCCUUCCGCGGGUUCCUCGUCGCAACCGCCAUCUAUGAGGGGCGCGCGUGCUUCCUGGACGAGGAGCCGUGGCUGCGGUUUGCGGGACGGAUCCGUGCCGAGGAUGCGCGCAAGGCGGGGCAGCAGGGUAGGGUGGUGGAUGUUUGUGAGCGGAUCUGGAUGGAGGUUGUGCGGUGUCCGCGGUAUUUUGCGGAGGCGUUGCCGGAGGACCUCCCGGAGGAUGAGGGUGAGGGUGAGGUGGAUGAGGGGUUGGUCGCCAGGGUGCGUGCGACGAGGAGCCGGCUGGUUCGGUUGGUUCAAGAGUUGCGGGCGGUGCUGGGGAAUGGAGAUGUUGGCCGGGAGACAGGGCCGGGACUCCUGCUACAAGGAGCGGAAGAUAUGGUGGCUGCGCUGCAGAGCCUGCUGGUUUGGCUUCGGGUUGGAUGCGGACGCGGACGAGGACGUGGGUUCCGGCUGGAGUCGKAGUUUCAACGAGGGGUGUCGAGUGCGUCGAGCGAGGCGUUGCCUGUCACCUGGCUGGACCGGGUGGCGUCUUCGAUGGGGGUGAUUGGAUUGAGGAUUAUCUGGGAGGAUUGA